ACUUUUGUUGUCAUCAAGAAAUUGUAAUCUGUCUGCUAAACCGGUUUUUGAAAGUUUCAAGCCAAGAUUUCAAGCCCCAAUCUUCCGAUUCCCUUGCAUACAUUGCUAUCCAUCUCGUAUCUACGUUUUAGAAAGUCACAUCUAGCUUAUCAUAGCACAGUGAGUGUGGUUGGUAGCUUAAUUUCAAUUCAUACAUCUGAAUUCGAACCCAAACCAGCAUCUGCGGCGAUUUCUUGGAAAAGAGAGAUAUCAUUCCACAUGCUUAAUUCCUUUGAUACUUCCAAAAUAUCUGCUAAACCCCUUACUAAGGUUCUAACCUCGUCGCCCUCCGUACCCUCGCCGGAAGGGCCGGGACAAGGUAAGAUUAAGCCCCUUAUGACCAAUUCUCCGGGCAUAGAAAUGGAAGGGUUAGAACCACUGAAAUCCUAUCCGUCCGAAUUCUUGAGAGAUAUUCGAUUUGCCAGCAGCGAUACAGCCCGCCCAACCCCUGAGGUUAGGAAAAUGGCAGCUAAUAACAGUUCGUUCCUGUCCUAUGAUUUGGAGCCCUACAUAUCCGAGGGUAGAUCAACCACUCAGGACCUGCCUUCUUCUCUUGCCGGGGACUUUAAUUCAGAACCAGGAGAUUUCUAUACCGAUUAUGACUCCGACAGUGACUGUUCCCUGGAUGACUACCAAUAUGAAGAUUGCAUGGACGAGAAAAUCCUGUUCUACGGCACACCGGUCUCGUGCAUUGGAGAGUUCGUGCCAGGCGACUUGACCCAAGCAGUAACGUCAGGGCCGCCGAUAUCCACCCCCGACAAGUCAUUCGACACUCCAAAGGACACUAGGCCCAACUUCAAGGAGCAAAUUAGAUAUCUCAAAUCCAGCGUAAUCCCGUGGGGAAAGUUUAAAGGUUACUACGAUACAAGAUCAUUGGUUUGCGCUCAUAAAGUGUAUCAUGCCAAACGCUUAACAAAAUGGUAAUUACAGACCGCAGAGCAUGAAUAUCUGAUAGGAGACAACUAACAAUUCUACGUCCAGCAAGC